UGCCUCCACCCUCCUUCCCUUUCUCUCGCUCGCUCGGCGAGAGCACUGUGCCUCCUUUCCCAGAUGGCAGCCGGCAGCGCCAUGCAGCCUCCCGUUCCUCCUCCUCCUCUCCCUCCUCUCCGGCUGUAAGUUAAUGCCAUGCUGCCGCUGCUCUUCCCGGCACUGCUGGCCGCCUGCCUGCCGCCCUGCCAGGGCUGGAGCCCCUCGGCGGCUGCCAGCGGGCAGGAGGAGCAGGACCAAGAGCUCUUCUUGCCCCCUGCCAACUCCUCCUCCCGCUCCUUGGCCAGCCUCGAGAUGGACCUCGACGGGGCAGCGAGCAAGGAGGAAGGCAGCACCGACAGCCCGGGCACGCCGGCUGCCCCUAGCCAAGAGCCUUUCCCUUCCGCUCCCACCACCUCCGGGCAGGAGCAGCCGGGGCAGGAGCAGCAGCAGCGUCCCCAGCCGCAAGGGCAGCCGCAGCCCGCCGAGGACCCGCACUGCAACAUCAGCGUGCAGCGGCAGAUGCUGAGCUCGCUGCUGGUGCGCUGGAGCCGCCCGCUGGGCAUCCAGUGCGACCUCCUGCUCUUCUCCACCAACAGCCACGGGCGAGCCUUCUUCUCCGCCGCCUUCCACCGCGUGGGGCCGCCGCUGCUCAUCGAGCACCUGGGGCUGGCGGCCGGCGGCGCCCAGCAGGACUUGCGCCUCUGCGUGGGCUGCAGCUGGGUGCGGAGCAGGCGGGUCGGGCGGCUGCGGGGCGCCGCGCCCCAGCCCCAGCCUCAGCCCCAGCCCCCGGCUGCCGCUGCCGCCGCCGCCUCCUCCUCCUCCUCGCUUUCCUACCCGCCGGCGGCCGAGCCCGGCCAGUACUGGCUGCAAGGGGAGCCGCUGAAUUUCUGCUGCCUGGAUUUCAGCCUGGAGGAGCUGAAGGGCGAGCCGGGCUGGCGGAUGAACCGCAAGCCCAUCGAGUCCACCUUGGUGGCGUGUUUCAUGACUCUGGUCAUCAUCGUGUGGAGCGUGGCCGCCCUCAUCUGGCCCGUGCCCAUCAUCGCCGGAUUCCUGCCCAACGGCAUGGAGCAGCGCCGCGGCACCGCCGCCGGCACCGCCACCGCCGCCGCCGCCAAGUAGCCUCUCCCGGUGACCCCCCUUCUCUUCGUCUUGUGCUGUGCAGGGACGCGGGACGGACUCUGUCGCGUUUUUCUUGUUUGCAGCGUGCCACAGGUGCGCGGCGGGACGAGGGGCCGCCUCAGCGCCCGGCCCGGCCCCGAGGGCAGCGGCCCCGAGGGGACCAAAUCAUACGUGCGAGUUUUAUAUCUUUAAUAACCGUUUUAAACGAACCUUUUAGUAAAAAAACCCAAAAAACCAAAAAAAAAAACCCCAAAAAAAUCUAACCCGCCAAACAACCCCCCUCCCCCCGGGAAAAAAAAAAAAAAGGCAAGAAAAAGCCUCCUGAAAAUUCAAUGGAGGAAAUCAAAGACCCUCCUAUUCGGCUGCAUUUGUUGUCAGAGUAGCGUUUUUGUAUAGGAUAUGGUUUGAACGGGUUUUUCCUUUAUGGACAGAAAGGGAUAUCUCUCUUUGACGGAAUGGAGAACCGAUGUGUUAUAUAUAUUGUUACUGCUGAAGCUGAACUUUAAUGAACCUUUCACACUUAAUUUCCUGGUUGAGAUAGUGUGUAUUUAUUAUUGUAGCUCCGCGUUAUUUGGCUUUUAAUACAGAGGUUUUCUUUCUGGAGCCACUGUA